GAUAUCUCGCUAUUGAGCAUGGUCAUCUUAUCGUUAAACCUGUGAUAGGUACGAGCUACCAAAAUUAAAACAUCAAAGCCUUAUCUGCAAUCCCAGUUCACGAAUCAUUGAUGGCUAAUUUCUCGGUUUUUGACAGUGUUUUAUUGACUAUGUUCCUAUUUUUAUUUUUUAAAUUGGAAAGUUCAGUCCUUGACACACGCGAUGUUGAAUUUUUUUAAAUUUCAGUGGUUACAGUUUCAGCUACAACUUUGUUUUUCAAAUAAUUUAGCUCCGUAGUCCCUUUACUUGGCGCUAUAUAAGGGCCGCCGUUUGGGAACUUUUAUCACUUGAUCAAAUGGACCUAGAGGAACAGCUGAAUACUGUUAUAUUCCCGGAAGCAGUGAAAGGUGGUUGCUUUGGGGAUGACGUGGAAAAAUUCAUCCGUUUCAAAGUGAUGAGCCGCCCAGGCACACCUUACUUCUGCUCGGAUACGAUUUUUGGUGAUGUCCUCGUGGAGAAUAAAGCAGGCCUACGUUUUGAAGUGCCAGUCAUCGUAAAAACGAAUAGCAGGAGUAGCAGGGGUGGCUUUCCGUCCAAAACUUUUUUGGAUGCUAUGUUCCACAACGAGGUGUUAUUCUACUCGAAGAUCGUGCCUUCUCUCCGGAAAUACGACGAAUACGACAUCUUGUCCGCAAGUUUUCCGGAUUUCGUGUGCGGAAGAGCUACCGACGGCCAAAAUUCUGAGGAGGACUUUAUCAUCCUGAAGGAUCUUCGUCAGAGAGAUUUCCAGCCAUACGUAGCAAGGGAAAGUGAAAAGAAAAGAGGAUUAAGGGCCACAGUUUUAGAUGACAACCAUCUGGCGCUUAUAUCAGAUAGAUUGGGCGGAUUCCACGGAUUAUCAAUGGCAUGGCGAAGGGAAGACCCGGCUGAUUUUGAAGAAGUAACAGCCGAAAUAAAAAAUUUUGAUGAAGCUGAGCUUUUUCGAAAGUUUUGUAGUAUUGAAUGCAAAGAGAUUUUUAAAGAGUGUCUGUUUCGAGGCGUGGAGCCUUUGCAGAGAGAGCCCAAAUAUAGGGACCGCUUGACCGAUUUGUGCGCAACCCUGGAGAAUGCCGAGGCGCGAUUUGAAGAGAGUGCGGCCGCCGCAGGGCCUUUACCCGUGGUGGCUCACGGGGAUAUACACUUGGGCAACAUGAUGUUCAAGUACGGCGCCGAUGGCACACCAGUCGACGUCGCCUUCUUCGAUUUCGGCAUGAUAAAAGUCUGCUCGCCCGCCAUCGAUGUAUGUCAUGUGCUGUUCGAUAACCUGCCUCCGGAGAUGAAACGGAAUCAUUGGAGCGGUCAUCUGCAUCAGUACUAUGGCGCUCUGUGUCGUCAGCUAGGCGCCCGCCGACCGAAGCCAUCUUUCGAGGAGGUUGAUUUAGACAUUCGCAGGAAGGGAGUCCACGCCUACUACAUCAUCGCGGCUUGCUUGCCGGCUUCAGCGAUGAGAAGGAAAGGGGGAAAUGGAUUCCCUGAGCAACCAGAUCCAGAAAAUUUGGACGAAACGGAACUACAGGAGGCUAUGAAGACUUACAGGCGGAAUAUAAGAGAACUAGGGGGUGCCGCCGUCACUGAGAUCCUAACUGAAAUCGUCAGACUUAUGAUCGAUGAGGAGUUCCUUUUUGAACGUUGAGACAGGGAUGAUUCUCACGGGUUAUCAGCACUUUGAUGUAUAUGCACGUUUUUUAUGUAUAUGCACAUUUUUUAUGUGUAUGCACAUAUUUCAUGUACGAGUAUAUGCACAUUUAUAUGCACAUUUUUUAUGUAUACGCGCACUUUUUAUGUAAAUGCAUCUGCCAAAUUUUUUGUAAAGACGGCAAUAGCCUAGGAUGCUGAAUGUCUGAAAAUAAAAUAGUUAGUUAGUUAGUUAAUAUAUUUUUAGACAUUCAGCGUCAACUAACAUUUUUGAUGUAUAUGCACAUUUUUCAUGUAAAUGCACAUUUUUUUUGUAUAUAUGCAAUUUGAAAACGCCUCGUUUGCAUGUUUAUUCGACCCCUCCUAUAUUGAAAUGAGGGGCGGCUAAGUUGAGACGGAGGAAAGUAUUUUUAGUGUCCUUGAAAAUAUCGCACACGCCCGGUGUUCCUUAAAACGGGUUUUGAUCAGGAUGAAUUUUUAGAUCUUUAAAAAAACAAGAAUCCAGAAGUUUAUAUUUGUUUUUUUCACACUUCACGGCUAUAUUUUGGAAUUUGAACACAAAGUGGUCUUCGAGCGACCAGAAAUGCUACAAAAAUGUACCCAAAAACGGUUUGCAAGGAAUGAGUCUAUGGUACUGUGUAGACUUGAAAUCGCGGAAAAUCAAAAUCUUGGCAGAUCCUUUUUUCGAGAUAUUGUAAUUUGAAAUUUUCAUUGUAAAUGCAUGUAUUCUACUGAU